AAGGAACAGUCUGCAUGGACUGGUGGCGGCUUUAAAACCAGACAAAAAUCAUCAAUCCAAUUCCUCAUCGCUAACAAAUCAAUCUCCCACUCUCUCUGUAAAUUCCCUCAUUCCAAAUUUCGGGCUUCUCCCAGUUCUUCCUCACAUUGUAGCAUACUAGCAUUUGAUUCCUUGUCCCACAACUACAUCCGCCACCAAUUACCCAGUUCGCCGGGCAUUUUAACCUCCUCUUCCGCCGCCGUCCCUCUUCCACAAUGCUGCCAUACAACUCCAUCGAGGCGGCGGCUGCCCACUUGGGCCGCAACCUGACCUACGCCGAGACACUCUGGUUCAAUUACUCCGCCGACAAGUCCGACGACGUCCUCGCCUGCCACAACAUUCUCUUCCUCUGCCUCUUCUUCUCCGUGGCUCCGCUCCCCUUCGUCUUCAUCCAGCUUCUCCGAUCCCCUUUCUUCGAGAAACACAAAAUCCAGCCCAAAAUCCAGCCGUCCGCCGCCGACAUCUUCAAUUGCUACAAGGACGUCAUGCUCUCCUUCUUCUUCGUCGUCGGUCCCCUGCAGCUCCUCUCCUACCCUUCCGUCAAGGCUGUUGGGGUACAUACAGGGCUGCCAUUGCCAUCAAUUGGGGAAAUUUCUGCCCAAUUGCUGGUUUACUUUCUGAUUGAGGAUUACACACAUUACUGGAUGCACAGAUUCCUUCAUUGCAAAUGGGGAUACGAGAAAAUCCACAAGGUUCACCACCACUACACAUCCCCAAUUGCAUUUGCUGCGCCAUAUGCUCACUGGGCUGAGAUCUUGAUCCUCGGGAUCCCGUCUUUUCUGGGACCGGCGAUGGUUCCCGGUCACAUCACCACUUUCUGGCUCUGGUUCGUUUUGCGGCAGAUCGAGGCCAUAGAUACGCACAGUGGAUAUGAUUUCCCAUGGAGUGUGACGAAAUACAUACCAUUCUAUGGCGGCGCGGAUCACCAUGAUUACCAUCACUAUGUUGGGGGCCAAAGCCAGAGCAACUUCGCGUCGGUGUUCACUUACUGUGAUUACAUCUAUGGAACCGACAAGGGUUACCGAUAUCAAAAGAAGGCCCUUCAGAACCUGCGAGAGGGAGUAAAUGGUGGGGAAGACGGAGAUGGAGGAUUCAAAUCGGACUAGAACGUGAUCAGAGCUCUCAAGGUUGUGUUAACAUGGCGGAAGUAAUAAGUUGGGUUAGCUUGUGGUGUGUGAGCCUAGGCAGAGUUUUUGUCGGUAUGGAUUGCAUUUGUAUCUCAGUUGAAGGUGGUGAAUCAAUAAGUGUGCUGUUUCCGUCAACAUGGGAGCUUUCUUAGGGCCGUCAUUUUCAUGUAGGGUUGGGUUGAUAUUGUUGAUUAGGGGUGGGAUUCGGUCGGUAAACAAUUUACCGUUUACCGAAUUUACCGGUUUCGGUAUACCGAAGUUGGCCAAACUGGUUACCGAUUACCGAAUUACCGGUAAACGGUAACAAACCGGUAUUACCGAAAUACCGUGAGAAGCGAUUUCGGGCGAUUUUUUCGGUCGGUUUACCGAAUAUUUACCGAACCGAAUCUCUGGAAGUGGGGUGAUAUUGUAAUAUUUUGAUUUUUUUGAGUUUUUUUCAUCAUUUUUGUAAUUAAUAAUUUAUUAUUAACUCUUAUUUACAAUAUUUUUGAAGCC